AGGCACAGCUAGACGUCCGAGCGCUCAGUCUCCUGCCAAGUCUUUCAGUGAGUGCAUCGCUUCAGUUGGACUGCUUUCUCCCGUGUCGUCGAAAGCCUUUGACAGAUCUAACAGGGAGUUUCGCGAGGAUCUUCUAGCACCUGAGAUCUUUAUAAUUUAAAAAAUUCUGCUGCAACUUAUAAAGGGCAAUUAUGGAGAGUAAUACAGGCCUUUGCUUGAGUCUUCUUCUGCUCACAUGUGUGGUAUGCAGUUUGGGAUUUAGUGGAGAUGACAAAUUCAUCAAGAAAUAUGCUAUGAUGAAGGUUUAUGAGAGCUGCUUUGGACCCGAGGUGGUGAAGGAGGUGCGCAAAGAAAUGAAAAUGGCAACAGCAAAGUGUUCAGGCCUAAUGCCAAGCUCGUUUCCAAUCAUGUCCAACAAAAUCCACCAUCAGGCUCCUUCAGCUGGCCAGCUGUCUCCAACAAAACAACAGCUGAUCGCUUUGCACCAGUUGGCACACCAGCAGUCAGAGUCACUGCACCACUUGGCAAACCAGCAAUCGCAGUCUGACUCAGCUGGAAGUCAGCAUGCAGCUGGAGCCACACCCAUUCACAUGCCACACAAGACAUCUCCACUUCAGAUUGCAUCAGAUGCUUCAAACAAGAAUACAUCUCCAUCAUUCGAUCUGCAAAAGCUACAGCAAGCCAUCCUAGAUGGAUACAACAAGCAUGUGGCUCAGCAAUCAUCAGCCACAGCCCAACAAACCCCCGCCCUUCAGCCAUCCACAGGCAACCUGGUUCCCAUUCAAUACCCACAACAACCAUCCCAGCAAUUCCGGCCCUAUCAGGCUGCCCAACCACCUGUCACCUACAACAGCCUCCCUGCCCAAGCACCCUUCCCUCCCCAGUAUGCCCAACCAGCCCCAGCCCCCACCUAUCCCAUGUUCUAUCCCUCUAAUGGCGCCCAAAAUGGCCCCCAAAUGUACACAAAUGGCGCCCAACCUGUACAAAAUGGCGCCCAACUAUACACAAAUGGUGCCCAAACGUUCCCAAAUGGUGCACAACAAUUCCAAAAUGGCGCCCAACAGUUCCAAAAUGGUGGUGCUCAGCUGUACCAGCCUCAGCAGACAGGAUACUUUGCUGCACAGCCUUCUGGAAACUUCUACCAGGCACAGCCAGCCUACUAUCAGCAGCCAUACUUUGGCAACCAACGGGCAUCACGUGACCUGGACAUCAGGGGCCAGCUGGAGACACUGACCACCAAAAUGGAGACCAGAGUCAGGAAUGUCACAUGUGUCAUGCAGGAGCUUGGAUAUUUGGAUGAUAAAUUGGAGCCGGCCUAUGAGAAGAUGGUGGAAAGAAUCAACAGGCUGCCAGUGGCUGACGACCUGAAGCGAGACAUGACAGACGGAGUCGAAUUCUGCAAGCAAUUCUCCCAGUGCGUUCCCGAUGAGAGGAAAGACAAACUGGCCCGCGAAAUGGUUCGACCCAUGUUUUUCUUCAGGUGUUACAAGCACAAGAAGCUGGAAGCAUGUAUCAUGAAGGACGUGAGGGACCGAUACACAGCCACAGAGGAGAUGUCCGAAGACACCUUGCCGAGCGGAGUGGGGGCUGAAAUGCGCUCCAUGAGGAACCAGAAGGACAAAUCGCAUCAGCUGGACGAGAACAGUAUGGAGGCCGCCAUUUACGAGUUCCUCUAUGGAGGCGGAGAGAGUAUAUUGGAUGUCGACAUGCCAUUGUAAUAGAAAACAGAUCUGUGUUCUUGGAGUCUUGCGAGCUUAUGUAGAAAUGUGUGAUUUUCUUUCAAAAUAUCGGUAGAGAUAACAACACAAGACAUGCCACUGUAAAGCAGGCAAUUCACUGUCGAUUUGUUGUCCAACUUGUUGGGCUAAUAGUAGCUUCGUUUUCACCACUCACGCUCCGACUUGUUCUCCAACCUCAGUCUAGUCGGAUUGGAAACAAAGGCUAGUCGAAUGUCGGGCCUUCGUGUUGGAUCUCCAGAUGAUCCAACUCGUCCGAAUAGACUUCCAAAAACCGAUUCAUGGUUCGCAGUCGGAUCCAACAUUGGAUGUUGGACAACAAAUCGGAUAGUGAAUGACCUGCUUUACAGAAAACAGCUCUGUGUUUCUUGGAGUCUUGCAAAAACAUGUAAAAAUGUGUGAUUUCCUUUCAAAAUAUCGGUAGAAAACAAUAUUGUCAGAUAACUGAGAUACGCUACAGUAGUUACUACCUGCAAUAGAUGUGUGGAACCGUUACAAAAUAACAGCAAAA